AUGUCCACACCAAGCUCACAAACCAUUUCCCAAGUGAAAUAUAGAUACCUCGUCGAAGAACCCAUUUUGCAAUACAUUCGUCAAGUAGGCAUUCGUGAACAACCCAUUCUUGAAGAAUUGCGUUUGAAAACUGCAGAAAAACUUGGCUUGUUGAGUUUAAUGGUAUCCUUCCCUGAACAAACUCAACUGUUGCAAAUUAUUCUCAAGUUAAUUGGAGCGAAAAGAAUUUUGGAUGUUGGAACGUUCACUGGUUAUUCUGCAUUGAGUUUUGCAUUGGCCACCACCGAUACACAAGCUCAAAUCAUCACGUGUGACGUCUCUGAAGAGUACACCUCAUUGGGCAAGACCUAUUGGGAACGAGCAGGAGUUGCCAACAGAAUUGAAUUAAAGUUGCAACCAGCUCUUCACUCUUUGAAAGAAUUGAAACAAGCAGCUUCUCAACAGCAUGAUCAAUUAUUCGAUUUUAUUUACAUUGAUGCUGAUAAGGAUAAUCAAUUGGAAUACGUCGAAUUGGCUUACGACUUGUUGAGAGUGAAUGGACUGUUGGUGAUUGAUAACACCAUUUGGAGUACAAAAGUCAUGGAUCCCAAUGAUCACUCACCUGGAACUGACAUUAUUCGAAAGAUGAACGAACAAUUACACAAGGAUGAGAGAUGGGAUUUAGCCAUGCAAUGUAUUGGAGAUGGAGCUACUUUUUUAAGAAAGAAAUAA